AUGGAAGCUCAAAUUUCCGAAAAAGAAGAAGAUGGUGAAGAAGAAGUAACACGGACCGAACUAAUUCCAAUACAUGAAUUUCUGAAACACGUUGACGUUCCAUCCCUAAGAGCCGUGAGAGACGCCUAUCCCGAAGGACGGCUGAUAACGAGUCAUGCGGACGUUUUCACUGCCUUUGCCAUUCUGGAAGAAGAUGAAGGGGACGAGCUCUCCGACGCGAUCAUGGCUAUCGAACACGCGAGCGAAUUGACGACGACCGAUGUACUUCUGUGGACGAGGGAGGAGGCGUUGUCUCUACUCGAUCAAAUCCGAGUGAAACUUAACCCCGACGAAGUUCUCCAGAAAGUGUGGGAUCAGAUUGCUGUGGAGAAUGCACACUUGAGGGCGAGGCCGUUGAGAAAUGAAGAGCCUGCCACUGGGAGGGACAAUGCAGAAGUUGAUGCCAAGAGCGAUGAAGUUAGUGCAGGGAAGAAGGAAGCUGUGGGGAAAGAUGCAGAGCAAUAGGGAUUCAUUGAUGCUGUUGAUAUUCUACUUAGGUAGCCAUAGAGAUUCUUUGAUGCUAUUGACGUUCUAAGGUUCACAUAAGUUUGAGGUUUACUAGUUUUUCUGAGGUUUACUAAUUUUUCUAAGGUUUACAUGAGUUUGAGAUUUACCACUUUUACUAGGCUGCUGCUAAAAUCUUAAAGGUGACUGAAUGUUUGUUGGUUUACAAGUUUUACUAGGCUGCUGCCGAAAACUUAAAAGUGACCACAUGUUUGUUGUUUUUAC